AUGCAGGCUGACGACGUGAUCUGGUCGGUGAUCGGACACCAGUUCUGUUCGUACAAGAUCAAAUCGGCGACACACUCUACAUUUUGUCGCAAUGAAUACAAUCUUACCGGUCUUUGCAACCGGCAAUCCUGCCCCCUGGCCAACUCGCGCUAUGCCACAGUGCGGGAGCGCGAAGGUAUUUUGUACUUGUAUGUAAAAACUGCAGAGCGCGCACAUUCGCCCAAACGGCAGUGGGAGCGCAUCAGGCUGUCGAACAGGUAUGCUACUGCCCUAGAACAGAUCGACAAGGAGCUCGUGUACUGGCCGAAUUUUAUCGUGCACAAAGCCAAGCAGCGCCUCACUAAGAUCACUCAGUACCUCAUUAAAAUGCGCAAGAUCAAGCUAAAGGAAGAAGAACAGCCCGAACUCGUAGGCAUCAAGAAAAAGACCGAACGUCGUGAGGCCACGCGUGAGGCGAAGGCGCUGCGUGCCGCCAAACUAGAGAAGUCCAUUGAGAAGGAACUGCUGGAUCGUCUCAAACGCGGUGCCUACGGCGAUGCGCCUCUCAAUGUUAAUGAAGACGUUUGGAACGCUGUACUGGAGAAUGCACAGGCACGCAUCCCUGAUGCCGAAGGCAACGAGCUCGAGCUGGAAGAGGAGCUCAGCGAGGAAGAGGCAGAAGAGGAUAUCGAUGCUAUGGACGAAGAACUUCGCGCUCUCGAAGAAGACGACGAAUAUGGACAGCGUGAAUUCGUGUCGGACGAUGAAGACAGUGAAGACGACCUGGAAGAUUGGGGCUCGGACGAUCCGGACGAGGCCUCUGAGGAUGGCAGCGAUGACAGCGAUGAUGGCGAUGACAGCGACGAAAGCGACGAGGCGCCGCCCAAGAAACGCGGCAAACGCCCUGCGCCGAAGCGCGGCGAUGCUCGCGGCAAACGCGGUCGUCCACGCGUCGAAAUCGAAUACGAACAGGAAACGGAGCCUCUCACGGCCGAGCAAAUUGCCAACUGGUAA